GUUAUAAAUAAAUAUAACAUUAUAAUAUGCAAAGAAAUACAACAUAGAAAUAACACGAAUCACAUUUUCACGCCUCUGACAUCAGAUGUUCCCAUCCGCACACCGUAAGCGUCAGUAACCAUGGCAACUACAAACAUCGGCGGAAGUGAAGUCUGUGAAAUGCUUGAGUCAUGUCUAGCAGUAAGGAGCAGGCGUCCAUCAGUCAGGUGAUGUGUUUCCUCCAUGAGUGGGAUCAGGGCAAUAAGACGGUGCGCAGUCGAAUGCUAAGUGACUUUCUGGCCAAGAACACAGGAAAGACAUGUCCAGAACUGGAGCUUGAGUUUGCUCAAGUUGCCAGCCUGUUCCUUGCUCGGCUCACUGCCUGGAUAAGACUAACCUAUAUGUUUGGAACGUGUCUAGACCUUCAGCUGAGAGCAGUGGGGGUUUUCCUCUCUGCCAACAGCAGUCACCAGUACAUGAUUGAGUUUCUGGAGGUGGGUGGAGUGCUUACCCUGCUUGAGAUUCUAGGACAAGACAAACUCAAAGAUGGGGAUAAAACCGAGGCUCUUUGUCUGCUCCAGAUCAUCGCCAACGCAGGCCAAAAAUAUAAAGAGCUUAUCUGUGAAAGCUACGGUGUGAAGGCCGUAGCUGAAUGUUUGGCCAAAUCUGAGACAGAGGGGACUCAGGAGACCGCCGCCGCCCUGCUAGAAUCUUUAGCCCAUGGAAACCCCAAAUACAAGAAUCAGGUGUACAAGGGCCUUAUCGCCCUGCUGACCUGCACCUCACCAAGAGCACAGCAGCUUGUUUUACAUAUCCUACGUAUAGUUCAGCCCAUUGUAAAAACAGCCCAUCAUAGCAUAGUGGAACCCUUAUUGAAUCUGCUGAGGUCCCUACAUUUAGAAGUACAAUAUGAAGCCAUAGAACUGAUAAUAGAGCUCAUGCAAUCAGAGGUUAGACCGGCUCUGCUUAGGGGUCUGGUGGCUUUUCUCAAACCAACUAAAGAGAGAAACACCAAACACAAGAUCCUGGAGGAUCCAGAGGUGGCCAAAAUGACUGAUUCACUCCCUGUGCUUCUCCAGCAAGCAGCUUCUGCAAAAACCAUCAGGAUUCUGGCACAGAGAAGUGAGGAGAUAUCCAAAGAGCUGCUCUCUCUCAGAGUGAUCCAUCACUUACUGUAUGCAAUGGGGAACCAGGAACAUGCAGAUGCCCAGAGACAAGCCAGCCUGGCUUUGGAGUAUUUUGUGCGUAUGUAUCCAGUGGUGGAAGAGCAUGUAUGCAGAGCUAUGGGCACCAGACUGUUUGAGUCUUUUAUGCACAAUGCUGAUGUCCUACAUUUGAACAUGGAUGACAUUCAAGCUGACAUUUUACACUCAAAUAAAGUGAACAUUUCAUGUGGUGAGUUGACAAAUCUAGAGAGACAUAGCUAGGUAGUAUGUUUUUGUCUUUAUUUGAAAGACACCAGUGCUUCAAUUGGCUAUUGAAAAUUAUUGUAUAUUAGAAUGCCCUUUCAUUUU